UCCAUCGAUCUGUCCACAGCAGUCUUCUGCCCACUCCUCCUCGGCCGCCUCCGCUCGCCUGCGGCUUCGAUCCGUUCCAUUCCAUGGACCCUCACCUCAGCUCCCACGUCCACGCCACCGCUGCGGCGGCGGCGGAGGCUGCUGCGGCCGGUGGCUCUCCCGACGGCAAGAAGGCGGGAGGUGCCGUGCUUCCGCCGGCGGCGGUCGUCAUCCUCGACGUCGAGGCGGGUGGUGAGCCGACGACGAACGCGGCCGCGGCCGCGGUCGCAGCCGAUCCGGGCGACGGCGGGGACGGCGGCGUCGACUACAUGGCGCGCGCGCAGUGGCUCCGCGCGGCCGUCCUGGGCGCCAACGAUGGCCUCGUCUCCGUGGCCUCCCUCAUGAUCGGCGUCGGCGCCGUCAACAGGUCGCGCAAGGCCAUGCUCGUCUCCGGCAUGGCCGGGCUCGUGGCCGGCGCCUGCAGCAUGGCCAUCGGCGAGUUCGUGUCCGUGUACGCGCAGUAUGACAUCGAGGUCUCGCAGCUGAAGCGCGACGGCACCGACGGCGACGAGGGCGCCAGGGACGCCCUGCCGAGCCCGACGCAGGCCGCGCUCGCGUCCGCGCUGGCGUUCGCGUUCGGCGCCAUCCUGCCGCUGCUGUCCGGGGUGUUCGUGCCGUCGCUGUGGGCCAGGCUCAUCGCGGUGUCCGCCGCCAGCGGCGUCGGCCUGGCCGGGUUCGGCGCGGCGGGCGCGUACCUGGGUGGCUCGAGCAUGCGGAGGUCCGUGCUGAGGGUGCUGCUGGGCGGCUGGUUCGCCAUGCUCGUCACCUACGGCGUGCUCCGGCUGUUCGGGGUGGUGUUCCACAUUGACGUCUCGUCGGUGUGAUGGCUGGCGGCUGGGGCUAAUGGGGGAAUCGAAUAAUGAGAGCCAGGGGCCUAAGCUCUUGACAUCGAUCGGGAUGUGAUGAAAAAAACCCUGCAUGUCUUUGAUCGAGUGUAGCAAACUAGCAGUCGCCUGGACGGGGAAAGGGGAAUAAGUAAUACUCCAUGGGUGUGUAUGUGUGUGGUGGAUCUACCUGACUGUAAUGUAAUGUCAGGGCUAAUAUAUGGUAUCUGAUGACAAAA